CGUGCGCCGCGUUGUUCCUUCUAUCCUGUCCUUUCUGCGCCGCCGGCAUGAGCGUGGUGGAGCAUGUACGGGAGAUGGCCUCCGCCGGGCUCCACUCGAACGUGCGGCUCCUCAGCGGGCUUCUCCUAACGAUGAGCGGCAACAACCCGGAGCUGUUUUCACCAUCUCAGAAGUACCAACUCCUCGUAUACCACGCAGACUCUCUUUUCCACGAUAAAGAAUAUAGAAACGCUGUCAGCAAGUAUACAAUGGCUUUGCAGCAGAAGAAAGCAUUGAGUAAAACCUCAAAAGUAAGGCCUUCUACUGGGAAUGCUGCAUCAGCUCCCCAGAGCCAGUGUUUACCAUCUGAAAUUGAAGUAAAAUAUAAAAUGGCUGAAUGUUACACGAUGCUGAAGCAAGAUAAAGAUGCCAUUGCCAUUCUGGAUGGGAUUCCUUCCAGACAGAGGACCCCAAAGAUCAAUAUGAUGCUGGCAAAUCUAUACAAGAAAGCAGGUCAAGAACGCUCAUCUGUUACGAGCUACAAGGAAGUACUGAGGCAGUGCCCAUUAGCACUUGAUGCCAUACUAGGUUUGCUCUCGCUGUCGGUGAAAGGUGCAGAAGUGGCCUCCAUGACAAUAAAUAUCAUUCAGAGCAUUCCAAACUUGGACUGGCUUUCAGUGUGGAUCAAGGCAUAUGCUUUUGUGCACACUGGAGAUAACACUAGAGCAAUCAAUACAAUUUGCUCUUUAGAGAAAAAGUCAUUGCUGAGGGAUAAUGUAGAUCUACUGGGGAGCUUAGCAGACCUGUAUUUCAGAGCUGGAGAUAAUAAAAACUCUAUUCUAAAAUUUGAACAAGCUCAAAUGCUGGAUCCUUACCUAAUAAAAGGAAUGGAUGUGUACGGCUAUUUGUUGGCACGGGAAGGUCGACUGGAGGAUGUAGAAAACUUAGGCUGCCGUCUCUUCAAUAUUUCAGAUCAACAUGCAGAACCCUGGGUGGUGUCAGGGUGUCAUAGUUUUUAUAGUAAACGAUACUCCCGUGCCUUAUAUUUAGGAGCCAAAGCUAUCCAGCUUAAUAGCAACAGCGUUCAGGCUCUGUUGCUGAAGGGAGCUGCCCUCAGGAACAUGGGCCGAGUACAGGAAGCAAUCAUACACUUCCGUGAAGCAAUACGCCUCGCGCCUUGCAGGUUGGAUUGCUAUGAGGGUCUCAUUGAAUGUUACCUAGCAUCUAACAGUAUCCGGGAAGCUAUGGUUAUGGCAAAUAAUGUGUAUAAAACUCUGGGAGCAAAUGCACAGACGCUCACUCUGUUAGCAACAGUCUGCCUUGAAGAUCCAGUCACACAGGAGAAAGCAAAAACAUUACUGGACAAAGCACUGACACAAAGACCUGAUUACAUUAAAGCUGUGGUAAAGAAAGCAGAACUUCUAAGUAGAGAGCAAAAGUAUGAAGAUGGAAUUGCUUUGCUGAGGAAUGCACUGGCUAAUCAGAGCGACUGUGUUCUGCAUCGAAUUCUGGGAGACUUCCUCGUAGCUGUCAAUGAGUACCAGGAAGCAAUGGACCAGUACAGUAUUGCCCUCAGCUUGGAUCCAAAUGAUCAGAAGUCACUAGAAGGAAUGCAGAAAAUGGAAAAAGAGGAAAGUCCAACAGAUGCAACCCAGGAAGAAGAUGUGGAUGAUAUGGAGGGAAGUGGAGAAGAGGGGGACUUGGAAGGCAGUGACAGCGAGGCAGCCCAGUGGGCAGAUCAGGAGCAGUGGUUUGGCAUGCAGUGAUGGCUGCUCUUCCCAAUGGUCAAUUUGGCACAUGAACGUGGUACCAUCAGGGCCAUUCCCUUCUGAACUCUGAUAUUUGCAGGAACAGAAGACUUUUUCUUUUUUAUCUUUUUUUAAUUUAAUAGAACUAUUAAAUGGUUUCCGUCUAUGCAUCUCAAUGCCAUGAAGAUUCUUGAUGCUUCUUAUUUAUUAGGUGUAAGGAAUUAACUGCAGUGGAAGUCAUUUGCAUCUUUCAUUUAAAAAGAAAAAAACCUCAACCUACUAAAACCAAAAGCAUUAGAAUCUGAAGUUCCUAGAAGCCUGUUGUUUUUGGUGAAAGCUGUCUAAGUUGCAUUCAGGGCUAAGCGUGCUUUAUCAAUUUGUAAAUAGUAUUUUGGUAUGCCUUGGUGAAAAAGGUCUUCUUCCCUUGUUCGUACGCUGUGAUUUGGGCUCACACUCCUGCUGAAGUUUUGAGGAGUCACUCGGCUGUGGCUGAAAGCAACACUUUUCUCUUGCUGUGUUGGUUUAAUUACUGUCUUUUUGCAAGGCAUUGCAUGUGGUAUAAAGAAGGCAGCUUUGAGCUAGGGGACACUUUUGUAGCCGAUUGAUUUCUAUGUGUACAGAAUCAGACCAGUCCUUACUAAGCCUUGUAAUCUGCCUGUACAUAAACAUUUUAAAUGCAGUUUACUUCAGUGUAUUACGUAAGGGUUUUACAGCAGUGACUCAAAGCACUUCAUGUUCUGCAUACAGGAUGUAUAAGAAUUCAUCCUGUUCCACUUUUCUGUACAAAUGUUAAAUUGUACCAAUACGUAUCACCUUGUUUUUGCCAUGUUUAUAUAUUUUUUGUCAGGUAAUAUUUGAAUUCAUGUUAUCACUUCAGCAUCAUCUCUUUGAGGGUGAUCUUUGUGUAAUCUAGAAACUGUUUCAGAUCUGUGGGCUUGAUGUGUAGGAGGAGGAAUUACUUUGUGCUGUUAUGUUUCUUACCAUUCUGUUUCCUGAAAUAUCUUUUUAUAUUGCCA